GUAAACAAGGAUUGUAGUACAAAUUGUAACCCAUAAGUAAAAUAGGUAAUACCUUAUUAACAAUAUAUUUGUAAAUUGUUCGGAUAUUUUCAUAUCAGUAUGGCUUGUUCUGUAAAUUUUAGUAAAAAAUCUAUCAUUUUCAUAACUGGGGCUUCAAAAGGCAUUGGUAGAACAAUUGCUGUAGAACUGUCUAGACAUUUAGAUCAAAAUUCAGUUUUUAUUUUAAUAGCUAGAUCCGAGAAAGGACUUGAUGAAACAAAAACACAAAUUCUUAUGGUAGAUAAAUCUAUAACGGUUCAAACAUAUGUAUUAGAUUUAUCAAAACCAGAUAUAAAUGAUUAUAACAAACUUUUUCAAAAUAUUUUAUCAUCUGUUGAUACAUCUGGGAUAGAAUUUGGGUUAAUAUUUCAUAAUGCUGGGCACGUAGGUACUUUAAAACAAACAGCCGAUUUAACAGAUCUGACAACAUGGCACGAGUACUAUGAUUUAAAUUUAUUUUCUGCUGUUUUAUUAAACAGUGUUUUUGUUAAACAAAUCAGACCUAUAGCACCUCAGUUAGUUGUGGUCAAUAUAACCUCGCUUUGUGGUCGUUCACCAACUUUAAAUUUAUCUAUGUAUGGAUCUGGUAAAGCUGCUAGAGAACUAUUCUUCAAAGUUCUGGCUCUCGAGGAACCCAAAAUUAUUGUUUUAAAUUAUUCACCUGGUCCUGUAGAAACGGAUAUGUUUGAGACUAUUAUUACAGAUGCUCAGUCGGAGGUUUUAAAAAAAAGCUUCCGAGAGGUGAAGGAAAGUACUGUAUUAACUACAGAACAAACCGUUAGUAAACUGCUGGACAUUUUGGAAAAGGGUGACUUUAAGACGGGGGAUACUAUUGAUUAUUAUGAUAGGAAUUAAGUUUUUAUAAAAACGGUUAUAUUUUGUUGGAUCUAAGUUUUGUUUAUUAUAUAAUUAAACUGCAUUCUAUUUUCUAAGAAAAUAUAUAUAUUUACUUUUUAAUAUGAAUUUACAAUGUAUUACAAAAUAUAUGGUAUAUAUAUGUGUAACCAAAUAAAAGGUUCAUCUUGA